AUGAAGAGAGCCACAGUCUUGGUUCUGGUGACUUUGAUCACCAUGGGUAUGAACACUGCCUGCGCUCUGUCUUCUUCCCAAACAACACAAAACCCUGGAGCUUGUCCCGAGCUGUCCCCCAACACUGUUGGAAUUUGUGUUGAAAACUGCUCAGGAGAUGACUCAUGCUCCGAGGAAAUGAAGUGCUGCAGCAAUGGGUGUGGUCAUGUCUGCAUGUCUCCUGUCUUUAAG